AUGGGGUUCGCAUUCGGCAACGCGAAAAACGCGAAGCAUGAGGCCGCCGUUGCCCAGGCCGAGGCCCCUCAUCUGGCCAAGGUAAAGUGGUGGAAGGACCCUGGCAUGCGUCAGCUCUACUUCUAUGCCGCGGUUCUUUGCGUCUGCUCUGCUACGACGGGUUACGAUGGCUCCAUGUUGAACGCUUCCCAAGUCAUGGACGAAUGGCAGGAAUACUUUGACGAACCCAGGGGCUCGAGGCUAGGCAUUCUCAACGCCAUCUACCAGAUUGGUAGCAUUGCCAGUUUCCCAUUCGCCCCAUACUUGGCCGAUCAUUUUGGUCGCAAGGUCCCGAUUGCUCUCGGUUGCCUCAUCAUGGUUCUUGGUGCUUUCCUCUCGACCUUCACCAACGGCAUGGGCAUGUACCUUGGCGGCCGGUUCCUCGUUGGUUUCGGCAACUCGCUUGCGCAGCUGGCUUGCCCUGUCUUGCUCACUGAGAUCUGCCACCCUCAGCACCGUGGUAUCGUUACCGCCAUCUACAACUGUCUCUGGAACUUGGGAGCGACCAUCUGCUCCUUCAUUGGCCUCGGCACGAUUAACAUCCCGAACGACUGGUCGUGGCGAACCAUCACCCUCUUUCAGGCGGUGCCCUCUUUCAUCCAGCUUUCCUUUCUCUGGUGGAUUCCCGAGUCCCCCCGCUGGUUGAUGUCCCGCGAGCGACACGAAGAAGCCCUCGGCAUCCUCGCCAAGUACCACGCCAACGGCGACACCACCAACGCAACGGUGCAGUUUGAGUACAAGGAGAUCAAGGACACAAUUUCCCUCGAGUACCAGGCCAAGAAGACCAGCAGCUACCUCGACUUCCUCAGGACACCUGGCAACCGCUACCGCCUCAUGCUCCUUAUCUCUCUAGGUAUCAUCUCUCAGUACUCUGGCAACGCGCUCAUCAGCAACUACUCCAACCUGAUCUAUGAGGGCGCUGGUAUCACAGAUCAGGCUGCCAAGACAGGUCUCAACGGUGGAGAGAACAUGCUCAAGCUGUUCGUCGCCAUUGGUUGCGCUUUUGGUAUUGACAAGUUCGGUCGUCGCCCACUCUUCUUGACAGCCACUGUCGGCAUGUUGCUCAUGUUCCUGGCCUGGACCGUUGUCGCUGCCCGCUUUGAGGCCACCGGCAAGACCGAGAUCAAGCGCCUGGGCUAUCCGCAGAUCGCCCUCAUCUGGAUGUUCGACGUGUGCUACUCCAUCGCCUGGUCUGGUCUGAUCGUCGCCUACGCUCUGGAGAUCCUCCCCUUUAGGCUCCGUGCCCGUGGUCUCAUGAUCAUGAACUUCUUCAUCCAGGUCGCCCUCACCAUCAGCAACCAGACGAACCCUAUUGCUCUCCAGAACCUGCCCAACAACUGGAAUUUCUGGUGCUUCUACACGGCCUGGAUCGCCGUGGAGCUUGCCUUUGUCUACUUCUUCUACGUCGAGACCAAGGGUCCCACCUUGGAAGAGAUUGCCCGAAUCUUCGACGGUGAGAAUGCCGAGGUCGACCAGCUCGACUACAUGGCGAAGGAGAAGCAGCCUGAGGUGGAGACCGCCGAGGUGGAGACUUCCCAUGACCGCAAGUCGGAUGUGUAA